AUGGCGAACCUCACUCAGGAUAUUACGCAGAUCGACAUUUCUGAAGAGGUGCGGUGGGUUUGGGUAUCCAUCUUCGUCACUCAUUUCUGGGAAAUGAGUUCAUAUAUUUACCCCAGUUGUGUUCUUUCUUGCAGGAAAAGGACAAACUUGUUGCGGAUGUUAUUCGGAGUAUCCUAUUCAAGACGCACCAAUCAUCUGGAUGCCCAAUAAAAAGGGACGAACUGACUCAUCUGAUAACAAAGAACUAUCGUCAGAGAUUGCUCCCUGCAUUCGUCAUAAAUGAGGCCCGAAACAAGCUUACUAGCAUUUUUGGAUACGAGAUGAGGGAACUCCAUAGAAUUCGCUCUUCCUCAACCAAGCAGCGGCACUCUUCUCAACAAAGUGUGCAUCUGUUAUUACUGGUCAUCUUCUAUUUUCCAUGGAUGUCUCUUGACAUGCGAAAGUUAGAAUAUGGCAUGGAGAAAGAAACUUGCAAAUGUUGGGAUUUAUUUUCAUAGUGACCCAUAGAUACCCUGAAUGUAAAACAUGGGGUCCCAUUUUUGAUAUUUGAAUGCCCUUCUUGGAUUUUGCAUCAACGAAGAUAUAUACACAUAAGUCAUGGAUAUACGCAUAAGAUAUACUUUUUUUUAAUAAUUUUUUGAGGAAGAGUGCAUGUUGUUGAUUUCAGGUGCUGGAGAACUAAAGUCAUACGUAGUUGUAAGUAAACUACCUGCUGAAGUUUAUCUCAAAUAUGUGGAAAAUAAAGAGAAUGCACACAUCACUGGAUUUAUCUUUGCUGUGGUUAGUGUCGUUCAUCUUGCUGGAGGCAAAAUCCCAUCAGGUAUGCAUAUCAUCAGUCACUUGUCAAUUAGACAAGGUAGGUUAGGUUUCAACUUGAUUAAAAUUAUUUGCUGCAGAAAGCUUGUGGUAUCAUCUAAGGCGUCUGGGAUUAGAUGAGAAUGAUGAAAAUCACUCACUCUUUGGCAACAUAAAGCACACAUUGGAGUCUCUUGUCCAGCAAAGGUUAUAGAUAUCUGAAACUCAUGUACUCACCAGAUUUUGUAUUAUAUCAUGGUGCAUUAAAGUUCCUAUGCGGAUUAGGCUUUCCCAAAUGUACACGUCACUGAGAAAUAUUAUCUGUUUAAGACGUUUCCUGAGUUAUCAUCAGUUCUAUGUAGGUACUUGCAGAAGGAGAAGUGUGAUGGCCAAGACAGCAAUGCCAUGAUAUAUGCACUCGCUGAGAGAGCAUUGGACCCAUCCUUCAAUGAGAAACUAAAAGACUACAUAGGACAGGUAGAUUAUUCAAAAUUUAGAGUCCCCCAUAAGAUUCUAUUCACUGUGCUAUUGUUGCCAGAAUCGUGGCUACAUUAUUAUUUUUUUUUCAUCCAUCCAUCAACUACGCUAUGGAUCAAUUUUUUCAUCUGAACUUCAGUUUGCUGCUGCUGAUUAGAAUUAGCCUGUGGUUUUUCAAUGAUGACUUCCUUGACAUACUACAGUUUAAGGAAAAAGGAUUACUAUUUGCCUUUCUGGCGUUAAAAUGAAUCAACCUCCUCUAAAAUUUAGCAUUGCGGAGGAAACCAGCUGUGUGGUAGGUUUGUCAGUACUAAAUGAAGUCUCAUUGCUAGUAAUCCUGACUAUAGCUGUGCUGGCCACAUCUGGAUCAUCCAAUGCCCGGGUGUGAGGGAUAAAGAAGAUUUCCCCAAAGGUGUGAUAAUGAGGGACUAGGAGGCGGUGACAUCUUUGGUUGCUAAGAUUUUAUCUCAGGCUUCUCAUUCUCGUCCAGUAAGGGUAUUGCAUAGUGGUCAUCAAUUGUCUACCAAUGCAUGGUAUCCACAGAUCAAAGACCGUUGCUCAAUACAAGUUAUAUAGCUUAUUAAGUUUAUCACAUCUACCCAUGCUCUUAUCUAACAUCAAACCUUGGUGUACUUCUAAUCUUCCAAGAAUUUCUAUAUGUGCCUUGGAGCCAAGUUUUAGUAUUGCUUGAUGCAAUUAAUCUGAUCCAAUGAUCUCAUAGCAUAGUUUAUGCCUAGUGCGAAUGCCAGUCAGAAUUUCGAAAAUGAGACUUAAAUACAUUUUGCCGUUUCUAGAUUAUAUUCUUUCACUAGCUUUUAUGUAGUAUAUUAUCUUACCAAUUUUAGUUUACCUUUGUUCUUUUAAUUCAGAUAGCAAAUAUAGACAUUGCUGCCGACGUCAACAACUAA